UUUAAGAGGACAGUCCUCAUCGAAACAUUAUGUGAUUAUUCAUAUUUGUAAUCUAUUAAAAAAACUUGUGCUUUUGACAUUAAUAAUAGUUAAUAAUAAUUAUAUAUUAUAAUAAUAUAUUAUAAUAAUUAUACGCCGUUUUGCGAUCGUAAUGGGACGAAACAUUCCACUCGUCGUUAGAGAAAAUAAUCUUCUUCGAUAUGAAGAUAAUAUUAUAGCGAACGCUGAAGCAAAUAUUAAUCUUGAAGAUGAAGAUGAUAUGGCGAAUGAUGAUGUCUUCAGAGAAGAUAUUUAUUUCGGAUUUGAAGGUGAUAUUGCACUGACCGAUUAUGCUUUUAAAGGAAAUAUUUAUAUCGAAGAGAGAAAAGAAACUAUAGCAAAUGGUGAUGCUAAUUAUAAUUUCCAAGAUGAAAAUAAUAUACUGAACAGUAAUGAAAAAGAGAAAGAUUUCAGAAGAAAUAAUGGAAAUGAAGAUGAUAGAUCGUCUUACAUGUUAUUUACACCUACCCUCGAAUAUAUAAAAAAUGUUCUGUACGACGCAUUGCAUCAAUUAUUUGACGAAUUCGAAAUUGAAAUAGUUAGCUGUCCCUGUCUAACCAAACCGCCAUACAAUUUUGCCGCAGAUGUUUACAUUUUAACAGGACUAUCUGGCAACACGGGGAUUUUACAAAUGGGUGAUAUAGAUAAUUUUUGCCCAUUUCCGCGGAAAAAUCUCAUAUUCGACAUUCAACAUAUAUUAUCAAAGUAUUACGAUGAUAUCUUUGUUAUUGGAUCAGGUUUUGCCGCAAAACCAUUUAUGCCUUACAACGGACACCUUAUUAUAAAUGCGAUAGUUUCGGCAAAUCCCAUAAAUGUUAUUAAUAAUAGUUGUAUAAUCACUCAUGAGGAUGGUGGCUUGAGAAGAUCGGAAAUUAUCGACGAUCCCAAUCAAAUGAAAUGCUCUAUAAUGGGCAACUUCUUUUUCAGUGAAGGUAAACGAGGAAUGGUGAUCAAAAUGCGCCUUAAAGGAAAUAAAACCGCUUAUGAUAUUAUAUUGUUAAUACAGAAAUGUUUGAAUGUUCGUUGUCGGUAUCCAAUUGGUUUAGGUGUCGUAAUCGUGAUAAACGGGGGUCAAACGAUACAAUUCAUUACACCAGAAAAUUAUACAGAUUAUUGGUACGAUACAUAUAUGGAUUUUUAUAGAUGGUUAAAGAAUUAUAAACAAGACUGCAUAAAUUUAAUAGCUGUAGGAGCAUUAACUAAUUCCUCGUUCAAUAUUUUUGGACAGAACACUGAGGGAAAUCGGCUCUUAGGAAGCCGUUACAGGUUUAACACUUUCUCCAAUUAUGAAGGAGCCGGAGAGUUUUGUACCGAUGUCGCAUCUAAUGAGACGGAGUACACUGUUUACCUCAAUAUAGCGCAAGAAAUAUAUUUUUAAAUGUGACAAGUAUAUUUUUAUUAUUAAUAUAAAAUGGGGUAUUUUUUAUUAAAGCGUUGUAAAAAAUUUACGUGAAAUAUGUUUUUAUAAAGUAUUUGUAACGAAGAUAUUUCACACAAAUCUCUGUACAAAGAUAAUCUCUUUUAUCUUAGAACGCAACAAAUUGUAACACAGAUUAACAUAUUUUGAUACUGACAUAUUUUGAUAUUGAUUAAAUAACGUAAUUCAAAUGUCUACGUUUCUGUUUUGAUUCAAUGAAAAAUAUUAGA